AUGGCAUGUAAAAGACCGCUUUGUACUCGUCAGUGCCUUAUCCCCAGAUCUCCUGCUGUAAGUAUAGCUUCUUUCGAAGAAGAUAGCUACGGAGAAGCUGGUCCCUUUCCAACACCAUCCAGUGAAUGGGAUGAGACCCCAUUGAUCUUCACUGUCAGACAAGAAAUUAAUAAGAGAGCUAGAGAAGCACCCAAGCAAACCUGGAGCAGUCUAGUUUUGGAACAGCAAAUGGCAAGAAGGCCUAGUCCAUUCUGUUCAGUAAAUCCUCUGCACCUGGAGGCUGCAGGCACACACAUCAAAAGACACGCGAGGCCUCAGAACCAGCCCUCUCACAAUUCCAAGGCAGAUUCUGUCUCGCCUGGUCCCGCUCCGAGGCCUUACACUGCCAUCGGCCUCUGCAGAAGAAGCCAGACCCCAUUGGCUCCAUGGAGGGUCUCCUGGAGUUCCUCAGAGCCCGAGCUGGAGGAAAAGAGGACAGCCACAGUUGGCGCUCUGGCAAACCCAUAUGUCCAAAGUCGGCCCCAAGGCGCGACCGGAAGUCUAGUUGUAAGAGGCGCAGUUGCCAUGGCAUCAGAGAUGCUCCCCAAGCAUCCUCAUCCCCCGGGGAAAAGGGAGCCCAGGGCAGACGCCUCCCUCCACGGCAAUCUGGCAGGAGCGCCCCUUCCUCGGUUUGCCGGUGCUCCCACCCAUCUCCCCUCAAAGAGGUUAAUCAAGGUUUGCUCUGCUCCCCCCUCCCGCCCACCCCGGGGCUUCCAUACGGUUUGUUCACAGGCCCCUCCUAGGCCGAGGGUGAAUGCUCACUUACAUUGA